GGAAUCAAGAAUUUUCUUCUCUAAGCUUGUAACGUGUUCUUCAUUGCGAAAUAAUACAUUCAAUUCAGAAUCACCUUGAUUCUGAGUAGCAUUCUUCUAUUCUAUCCCUAAUUCCUCUUCUUUGAGUUACCAGUUGUAACACUGGUAUCAGAGACACCGAUUCUGGUGUCCUGUGAUCGGUUGUUUCCGCUGCGAUUGCGUAUGGUUUUGACGAGAAACAUGGCUCGUUCUUCGGAUGAUUGGAAUUUAGAGAGAGAAGAAAUACGCACGAGGCUUGACCUAAAUGAAGCGAGGACGAAGAAAACUGAAGAAUUGCUUGCUGCAAUCGCAAGUAAAUUAGGAGUGCGAUCUGAUGACGAUCAUGGUGAUGGAGGCAGUGAGAUCGGAGAUCGUGAAUGCAUCAGGGAGAAAGGGCAAAAUCGUUGGCGGAAAUUGGAAAUCCCAAUUUUUUCCGGUGAGGACGCUUUUGGUUGGACACGCAUGCUAGAUCGCUAUUUUUCGUUGCAAGUGGUCCAAGAAGACGAGAAAAUGCAGGCGAUUCUGUUAGCAUUGGAAGGAAGAGCUUUAAGCUGGUUUCAAUGGUGGGAGAGGUGCAAUCCAAAUCCUUCAUGGGAUGCUUUCAAGGUGGCUGUCAUAAGGAGAUUUCAACCAUCAAUGAUUCAAAAUCCUUUUGAAUUGUUGCUAUCUUUGAAACAGGUUGGUACAGUGGAAGAGUAUGUGGAGGAAUUUGAGAAGUAUGUUGGCGCUCUAAGAGAAAUUGAUUAAGAAUUUGCUAAGGGCAUUUUUCUGAAUGGAUUAAAGGAAGAAAUUCAGGUAGAGGUAAGAUUGUUUGAACUAAAAAGCCUUACUGAUGUUAUUCAAAAAGCCCUAAUGAUAGAACAGAAAAAUAUUAUUUUGAAUAAGAAGGGGAGCACUGACUAUUCUAGACCGACUAGCUUUACAAGAAAUAAUUCUUUCAGCAAGGUGGUAACUGUUGAUUCUAAGCAUA